UCGGCGUCAAGUUCGGACGCGGACAGUUUAACUGUUGCUGAAACAUCAUACGCGCGGUGACGUCGAGAACGUGGGUUCGCGCGCCGCUCUUCUUAAGGUACAAAAGUUUCCCGGGGGUGAAAAUUCCUACGAGCGCUUCGUUGUUUCAAAGUGGAUUCGCGGCGCGAUAUAGAGAUCUAAUAGAUGGUAAGUGCAAUCCCACUAACGGCAACUCGGCCCGUGAUAAUUGUGGCAGCAACAAGGACUUAGAACGGGCAAAUUCGAAACCGAUUCGGGCGCAAUAUGGCCACGGAUCCAUGUAAUUACGCCGAUUGACUCUCGAAAAAGCACUCUCUCGGGAGAGAGGUGGAAGCAAUGAUCGGUGUUAAAUCGACUCGUCAUUCAGAUAGCGAUUGUAUCGAUACUUUCGGGGUGGCAGUUGGUUCUCAAGGGGAAAGGUUGAAAGACGUACAAAACGAAACCGACUUACUUGUAAGGAAUGAUCUUAUAUAACCAUGCAGAAACAACGAAGGGAGCUGGGUCUGAAAAGAUUUUGGGCGGCAGUGAAAACUUCUAAUAGCAGUUCCGGGUCGCAGGAUCACGCAGGAGAUGAAGACCUACCUCCUGACUAUGCGAAAGGACCUAAUUGUUCGUUACCUUUACUGCAGGUAUGGCCGAGCUCGGAUUCUCCCAGAGGUGAGGCUGAUGGUCAAAGUUUUGUCUUUCCGGAGUGCACCGACGACAACGUCUCGCAGCAUUCGACGUGUCUCGAUGCUAUCCAACACACGGACUCCGGAAUUGAGUCGACUCAGGUGUCCCCCUUACCUCCACUCGCUCCAGCGUCACCGGUCACUUCGCCUACUCCGAGCGUGCGGAGACCUAGCAGUACGCUCCUGCAUCCCGACCACGCGAGAAUUUUCCGGUUGUACCAACAUCACUCUUCCCCCGAGCAAACAUCGAUGGAGGACAUUUCAGACCAAAACAAUCAUGUGAUAUCGCCAUCCUCUUCAACGACGUCGUCGUUAAACUCCAUAGCGGCUGUUGGGGUAAUUGCCGAAAACUCCAGAGCCAGCGAUUCGUCGGACAGUAGGAGACGAUCGUCUUCAAUGACAACCCGUUACUCGUUAUUCGACGCAUUGGAUUUAGAAUACGCUUUACUGAGGGCGGCUGCCAGAGGCAGCGUGGGACCAUAUUCGUUGAGCGAAAGCUUGCACAAAUUAACGUUUACCCAAAGCUUAGCGUUUCCCGCACUGGCGCGUGGACUGGCAGGAAAACGAAGAAGAUCUCACACCCAAAAUAGCAGCAGACCACUGGAUCCGUCAGAUACGGGACUGAACGCUUUCGCAAAAGUCAUUACAGUACUGGUGCUGGUGUUAGUUAGUGUUUUAGUGUUCGCUGUGGUCUACAAGUUCGUGAGGACGUGAGGAAUGUUUCUAGCCCCCGGCGGGGCUAGAAGCGGAAGAUUUACACUGAGCAGAAACGAUAGUUCGCUCAGAAUCGGCAUCAAUUGAAACAAAUUUAAAGAUGUAGUUAGGUUUAUUACAGACAGAAUUUAAUGUGAUAAGUAACGGGUUGUGAUGUGAUUAAAUAGAUAUUGUAGUGUGAACGGUUAAUUUGCAAACCGUUGCACCAAUUUGGAACGUUAAUUUCGUCUCCAGUUUCAGUUUUGAGUAAGCGUAAGUAAUAUUAAAUUGUCUAAUAAGCCUUGUAAUGAAUAUUAGUCAUACGCUUUGAAACUGAAUUGCUUGAGAAAGCAUUUUAAAUUUUUACAUUUAUUUAUACCUGCCACCAUGAUAGGUCGAACUUACAUAAGAAAUUAUAAAAUUGCACAAAUAUUAAAAGAUUCCUUCGACUUAGAUUUUAUUGAAAUUGUCUUUUGUAACGAUAAUCUUUUCAAGAAAGGGGAAUUCACUAGAUGAAGUUGUUCAUGAGUUACCCAACCGAAAAACAAGGUAUUUGCUUAAUGUAGAAGGCAAUGUGUGUUCCAAUCGCAGUGAUCCAUCUGUCCUGAACGUUGUAAAAUAAGAACAAUCGAAGUUAGAAAUUCUUUCAGGUAUUAGGCAAGCGAAAUUAACAGUUCCAAAUGAUGCACUGGACCAGUUGCAACAAAUAAAAGUGUGUGCUUGUCAGAAAGUACGUUUUUGUAAGGCCAUGUCGUGAUCUGUGUAUUAAUUUGAUUGUUGGGCUGUUCAUAUAUAUUGCGCCAGUGUACUCAAACAUAAGCGAAAACUAACAGUUAUUUGAAGAUCAACUUACUUUUAACAUACUUUAUUAAAUUGAACACUACCUUGAAGCAAGUGACAUUUAUUGUGAUUCAAGGGCAAAUGAAAACCAUCGCAACGAACAAAAUUCUUGUUAAAUUCACUUGUUCCAACCCACAGUUGAUUUGCAGUGUGUUUUCCUGAUGUACUUGCGCGAUUUUUCUGAGAUCUAUUGUUAAAAUUAUUUAAACAAUUUGUACGUUCACAUAAUCAUAUUUUCAUUCACUUCACAAAAUUUCAGUAUAAAUAAACAUUAAAACUCCUGUCGAUGACAUUUUGAAAUGUUUGUUAAAGGUUUUCAUUUGAGGAUUCAUAUCUGAUUUCUAUUAGAGAUUACAGCCUUCAAUCAUUUUGUUAUAUUUUGUAGCCACAUGUUUGCUACCGAACCCAGCGAAAAUAAUCGAAACAAAACUGGUUGAAAUGAAAGCCUACAAUGUUGGUCAAUUAAAGAAAUUUUAUGUCUUGUGACUCUUGAAAUUAAAAAAUCUAUUGCAUUGUACUACACCAGAAAUAUUAAGCUAAUUUUAUUAUCAGAUAUUUUACCUCACGAGAUUCUUUAUUGUGAUGAA